AUGCCUCAGGAGGGUAUCCAGCUUUCGCCGGACAGGGAUAUUCUCACUACGCCGGAGAUUUACUACCUGAGCGCGCUAUUUGUCAACCAGGGAGUGACGAAGAUCAGGUUGACAGGAGGAGAGCCGACAGUGCGGAAGGACUUUGUUCCAUUGAUGAAGCAGAUUGGAAGUCUCAGACGGCAUGGGUUGCAAGAGCUUGCGUUGACAACGAAUGGAAUAUCCUUACAUCGAAAGCUGGAAGACAUGGUGGAGGCGGGCUUGACUGGCGUGAACAUAAGUCUGGACACUCUUGACAAGCUGCAGUUUCCGCUGCUCACGCGAAGGAAUGGCUUUGACGCAGUCAUGAAGAGCAUAAACCGGGUCCAAGAGAUGAACAAGCUCGGUGCAGGCAUCAAUCUGAAGAUCAACUGCGUUGCGAUGCGAGGAGUCAACGAUGAUCAGAUUCUGCCAUUCGUGGAGAUGACUCGGGAGCAAGAUUUGGAAGUCCGCUUCAUCGAGUACAUGCCUUUCGGCGGCAACAAGUGGAGUCAGAAGAAAAUGCUGCCAUAUGCCGAGCUGGUCGAGAUCAUCCGUUCUCAAUACCCCGAUAUCGGCCGCCUGCAAGAUGGUAAAAGUGCUGUUUCAAAGACAUGGCAGGUACCUGGAUUCAAAGGUCGCAUAGGAUUCAUCACCAGCAUGACGAACGAUUUCUGCGGGACAUGCAAUCGAUUACGGAUCACAUCUGAUGGCAAUCUCAAGGUCUGCUUGCAUGGAAAUACCGAAGUCAGCUUGCGGGAUCUUUUACGAAACGAGCACGACGGCGAGCCGAUGGACGAGGCGGCUUUUGAAGCAAUCCGACAGAUCGAAAUGGACAGACGACAGCCGAAUGGGAUUCCAGUCACCAAGGGGUGGAUCAGUAAGGAGCGCCAGCUUCUCGAAGUGAUUGGCGCUGCGGUCAAACGAAAACAGGAGAAGCAUGCUGGCAUGGGCGAGUUGGAGAACAUGACGAACCGGCCGAUGAUCUUGAUUGGUGGGUAG